AUGCUGCCGCGGGAGAAGGCCUGGGUGUCCAAGAUCCAGAUGAUGCAGCUGCAGAGCACUGAUCCUUACCUGGAUGACUAUUACUACCAGAAUUACUUCCAGAAGCUGGAGAAGUUAGCUGCAGCGGAGGAAGUCCACGGUGAUGGUCCCAAGAAGGAACGCACUAAACUCAUCACACCUCAGGUGGCGAAACUGGAGCACACCUACAAGCCAGUGCAGUUUGAGGGCUCGUUGGGCAAGCUCACGGUUUCCAGCGUGAACAACCCCCGAAAGAUGAUCGACGCGGUGGUGACCUCCCGCAGCGAAGAUGACGAGACGAAAGAGAAACAGGUUCGAGACAAGAGGCGCCAGACCCUCGUCACCAUCGAGAAGACGUACAGCCUCCUCCUGGAUCUGGAGGAUUACGAGAGACGCUACCUCCUGAGCCUGGAAGGCGAGCGGCCGGCCCUGAUGGGGGAGAGGAAGCAGAAGAUCUGUGACAUGUACGACAAUCUGAGGGGGAAGGCGCCUGGGCAGGAGAGGCCGAGCGAUGACCACUUCAUGCAGAUCAUGUGCAUCCGGAAAGGGAAGCGCCUUGUGGCUCGAAUCCUCCCUUUUGGCCUGUCCCUGCUGUACUUGGUGUUGAGCCGCGGGGAGGAACUGCAGAGCUCGGAGGCGAACACGGAGCUGAUGCAGGACAACCAGUG